GUUUAACUGAAGCACUGCUUUAUUUUGUCAGUAUUUCGAAGACUCUUCAGCUAUGAAUCGAUUGUUUUGGAUAGGUAUUGCUUGUACUCUUGUACUCGCCAUCAUUUCUAGCUUCAAUACUGAUGCUAUUCCAAAUAAAAGACCAGUGAGACCACCAGUGAGGCCAGCAGCAAAACCAGGACCUCCACCUCCAUCUCCAGCCAAGCCAGCAGCUGCCCCCCCAGCCAAGCCAACAGCUGCACCAGCUAAGCCAGCAACGAUGAAAGUAUCUAGUGGCCCUACAACCAAAAGACCCCAUGAUGAACUUGGAGUAAUGAUUGCAGCUACAGCACCAAUACUAUUCGGUGUUAUUGGUGAGAUUAUUGGACAAAUUCUUCAUUACAUCGCCAGUUAAGCCCAUGUCAGUCUGAACGAGAUAAUGAAGAGGAAAGUGAUGACAGGCAUACGAUAAGAAGAAAAAUAAACUUUUAAAUGACAGCUUGUAUUGCUUGUUUAACUUUCAAUCAAUAUUAUCACUUAUACAUUCUUAUUUUACUUCUUAAUUACCCGUAUGUUGUAAGAUCAGAUCAAUUGGUUGUGCGUUUUUGAGAUCUUGAAAGAUAAUACUGGAUGCAUGUAUCAAACAUAUUUGAGUAUGAAACUUAUCAGCAGCUUAAAUUAUUACAAUAUUAUUAUUCCCUUGAGUUCCGAGUGGAACAUAGGGCUU